AUGUUCAGGACCAAAGUGACUCAUGGAGCCGUGGGGGCCCAGCCCCUGUUCUCCAUGCCUCGACGGCCCGGCUAUGGCACCAUGGGGAAGCCUAUCAAGCUGCUGGCCAACUGCUUCCAGGUGGAGAUCCCCAAGAUGGACGUCUAUCUGUACGAGGUGGACAUCAAGCCUGACAAGUGCCCUCGACGAGUCAACAGGGAGGUGGUGGACUCCAUGGUGCAGCAUUUCAAAGUCACAAUCUUUGGGGACCGACGGCCGGUGUACGAUGGGAAGAGGAGUCUGUACACGGCCAACCCGCUCCCUGUGGCAGCAGCCGGGGUGGACUUGGACGUCACGUUACCGGGAGAGGGGGGCAAAGACCGGCCGUUCAAAGUCUCCAUCAAGUUUGUGUCGUUGGUGAGUUGGCACAUGCUCCACGAGGUGCUGACCGGGCGCAGUAUGGCGGAGCCUCUGGAGCUGGACAAACCCAUCAGCACCAACCCCGUGCAUGCGGUCGACGUGGUCCUGCGCCACCUGCCCUCCAUGAAGUACACUCCUGUCGGUCGCUCGUUCUUCUCUGCUCCCGAAGGUUAUGACCACCCGCUGGGAGGAGGGAGGGAGGUGUGGUUCGGGUUCCAUCAGUCUGUGCGUCCCGCCAUGUGGAAGAUGAUGCUCAACAUCGACGUGUCGGCCACUGCUUUCUACAAGGCCCAGCCGGUGAUCCAGUUCAUGUGUGAGGUCCUGGACAUCCACAACAUCGAUGAGCAGCCCAGACCCCUCACAGACUCUCACCGGGUCAAAUUCACCAAAGAAAUCAAAGGUCUGAAGGUGGAGGUGACACACUGUGGAACCAUGCGCAGGAAGUACCGGGUUUGCAACGUGACCCGCCGACCCGCCAGCCACCAAACGUGA